AUGGAGCAGCAGAACCUCACCAGUACCGUGACUGAAUUUGUUCUCUUGGGCCUCACCCAGAAUCAGCAGCUGAAGUAUUUUCUCUUCAUGGUCUUCUUCGUAGUCUACGUGACCACCUGGCUGGGAAACUUCACCAUCAUCAUCACCGUGAUCGCCGACCACCAGCUCCACACCCCCAUGUACUUCCUGCUGGCCAACCUGACUUUUAAUGUCAAUGCUCCCCACCUGCAUUCAGGUCUCCUCUUCCAGCAUAAAACAGUCUCCUUUGAGGAGUGCAUCCUCCAGAUGUUCUUCUUCCACUUCAUCGGGGGUGCAAUGGUGUUUUUUCUUGUGGGGAUGGCCAUUGAUCGGUACGUGGCCAUCUAUAAACCACUGAGAUAUUUGAUUAUCAUGAACUGGGGCAUGUGCAUGGGGCUAGUGGUACUGGCAUGGCUGGGUGGAUUGGCUCACUCUGCUGUUCAAAUUGGACUUCUCCUCCAGUUACCUUUCUGUGGGCCUAACAUCCUGGACAAUUUUUACUGUGAUCUCCCACAAGUCAUCAAACUGGCCUGCACCAACACCUACUUGGUUGAACUGCAGAUGGUCUUCAGUGGUGGAGUGCUCCUCAUCACACUAUUUAUCAGUCUGCUGAUUUCCUACACCAUCAUAUUAGUCAAGAUCAGGACACAUGUCACAGAAGGAAAACACAAGGCUCUGUCCACCUGUGGAGCCCAGAUCUUGGUUGUGAGCUUAAUAUUCAUUCCUGGUAUCUUCAUCUAUGCUCGGCCCUUUAAGAAGUUCACCCUGGACAAGUCGACCUCAGUCUUUUUCACGGUCAUCUCCCAAAUGUUGAACCCAAUGAUCUACACGUUGAGAAAUGCAGACAUGAAAAUGGCCAUCAAGAGGCUGAUGAGCAGAAUGCUGUUGUCAUGGAAGAAACGAAGGACACUGGUUAUCUUUGAAUGA